AUGAGCCUGACUCAGAUGGAAAUACAGAAAAUCAUCAGCAAUUAUGCAAGGGACAGUGAUCCCCGAGUGCGGAAAAGUGCAUUAGAUGCUUUAUUUCAAAUGCAUAUCAGAGGGUGUCCAUUAGACUUGACCAUUUAUAGUCUAUCGGUCGCUUCACUCAGAGACGAUUAUGAAGAAGUGCGUAUGGGUGGAUUGAAUCUGAUGGGUGUGCUUAGUUCUUUAUACCCUGACCAUCAUAUGAAAUUAGCUCAUGAAGAAGUAGAAGAGACAACACGUCUUAUUGACGAUGCAUUCAACAAAGUAUGCGACCUUGUGAAUGAUUCAGCCAUUACCAUUCGAACAAAAGCCUGUGUGAUGAUGGCAUCGUAUCAGCAUGUUGGUUCAGACAUGUUGAACCAAACAUUCAGUAAACAGAUCAUGUCUCAUUUGAAGCGUAAAGUACCUAAAUACAAACUGCAACAAAAGAAAUAUGCCAAUGGAGCUAUUCCUGUGGCUGAAGGUGAUAUUGAUGUUGAAUCCAAUGAAUUUCACUUGUUGGAUUCAGGUGCUUGUGGUUCAUUUAUUCACGGUUUGGAAGACGAAUAUCAAGAAGUGAGAAAUGCUUCUAUAGACUCUAUUUGUGAAUUAUGCAUGUAUAAUGAACAACUGACAAAAAGGGCCACCGAAUUCCUUGUUGAUAUGUUUAAUGACGAUAUUGACAAGAUUCGCUUAAAUGCUAUUCAGAGUUUAAGAAAGAUUGGUACAAGGUCUCCUAUCGAAUUUGAUGAAGAACAACUUGAGAUUGCUGUAGGUGCAUUAGAAGACAGUGAUCCUAUUGCUAGACAGGCUACACAUGAUUUAUUUACGGUUGUACGUAUGACAGUUCAGAUAUCCUUAACUACUUUAUUGGAUGCACUUGAAGCCAACAUGAAAAGAUAUCCUAUGGACAUCUUAUCUAUUUAUCGUUGUUUAGCGGAUGUUGGCAAAAAACAUGAAGAUUAUGUUGAAGUACUUGUGCCUAAUCUAUUGAAACUCGACAAACGAUAUCUUGCUAGAGAAGCCAAUACAGAAGACAAUAUGUACACUGCUUAUGUGAUUUUGAUUGUCAAUGCUUGUGUUUCGAAUGUCAAGAUACUAAAUCAAUUGCCAAAGUAUGUAUUUAGACAUUUUGCUUAUUUCAAGAGCAAAUAUCCAGACUGUGUACCUGAUUUAAGAAGACUAUACAAAGCAGCUGGUAUCAAACUGGAAGGCGAUGUGGAUUGUUUACCAAUGACAUUUAGCGCUUCAGCCAACAAGCUUGUUGCAUCGGACGCAGAAAGCUACAUGGUAGCCACUAUUGAUAUGCUCCAGGUCAUUAAAUCACAAGUCGAACACAACGAGUUAACCACAGCACUGUUGACCAUUGAAGUAGCCACCCGAAAUUUCAAAUAUAUUUCUAGUUUAAAGCCUUCCUUGGUAGGUAAAUCUGAACUAGCACAACUUUAUCUAGGCUGUUAUGAAACAGUGAUUAAGAUAAGACAAAGUCAUUCUUCACCUACGUAUGCAUCGACAGCGCAAAUGGUAGCCGCUUUUCUUUUGCGUCACUCUUAUACGAUACAACAUACCUUCUUGGGACUGUCUAAAAAGACAUUGCAGGCUGCCAUGUAUUUUCGUAUUUUGGCCAACAUGGUUUGGAUGGUCAAACUGAUUCAGGAUGAUAUGGAUGAACAAGACGAUACACUGAUAGAGUUAAAAGCUAAUUUACUGUCAGCCAGUGAAAAUCCAACCGCGCUAAGAAUGAUUAAACUUCAUUCGUUUAUUCCAGUAAUGAAGCGAAUGACUGCUGAAAUUACCCAGCCUUUACCAAAUCCCGAUAAGCCUUACAAAUUCACAUCCCAGUUUCCUGUCAAGAUACAUAUUGAAGCCGACAUUUUCAAUGCAUUUGAUACAAACUCGCUUGCUGUUGAGUUUAUCUUGCCAGAUCAAACUUCUUUUAUUUUUUGGCCGGCUCCAGGGCAUUUUAAACAAACAACCCCUUAUUGUUUUAAACUUGGUACAGAUGUUGAACUAAAAUUGUCUCCCUGGACAGAACCCGGUGUAGUCAUUGUUCGCAUCGUUCAAUCUUUUGAACCUGAUUUACCUGGCCUUGACGAGUACAUUAUGCAAUAUCCCAACUAUGCUUGCUCCACUCAUACUUCAAGAUCAUCUUCUGUCAUUAGUGAACAUUUAAAAUAUCGAUUGUGUCCAAUGCAUGUCAAUUAA